AUGGCGACUGCGCUCUUUCUCCAAAAGACGUUUGAGAUGCUCAACCUCUCGCCCCCGGAGGUGGCAGCGUGGACACCGGACGGCCGCGCGUUCACGGUCUACGACCUCAAGACCUUCGAGUCGACGAUGCUCGUGCGCUUUUUCCGCCACGGCCACUUUAGCAGCUUUGCGCGCCAACUGCGUUUUUAUGGUUUCACCAAGUGCCGGCGCCACCAGCACGUCGAGAUGGAGCCCGCGUGGGAGUUUAUGCACCCCCACUUCCAGCGCGACGACCCGAUGCUCAUGGUGUGCAUCACAAGGAGCACCAACCCGGCCAUGAAAGCAAGCAACAACGCUACCAUCAGCGACGUCCACGAGCUCCAACAGCGCGUCGAGACACUUGAAACCCAUAUAAAAGCGCUCACGACCCAGCUGGAUUUGCUCACGAAUCUGCUCUUAGCACGAGGUAUGGCCCCUCCAACGGCGCAUAAUCCCGCCGAGGACACGACAAAGACCGCGCUCAGCGAUUUUUUUUGUACUGACGAGUGUAGCGGACUUCAAUAA